AGAGAGAGGGGGACACAGAAUGGGAAGCAGGUUCCAGGCUCUGAGCCAUCAGCCCAGAGCCUGACGCGGGGCUCGAACUCACGGACCGCGAGAUCGUGACCUGAGCUGAAGUCGGACGCUUAACCGACUGAGCCACCCAGGCGCCCCUAAACUAUUUUUUAAUUAGAACAUUUCUUCAGCUCACAUGGACAUUUUAAGUUUUAAUCUCCUGGGGAAAUCUUUCACUAUACCCUCCCCAUCAGCCAUGGCUGAUUAUGUCUACCUCUGGGUCAUACAAAUGUACUGUGCAUACAUGCAAAGUAUUACAUUCACCACCCUGUCCUGUAAGGAUUUAAGUGUCUAACUCUCUUAGGAGCCUGAGGAUAGAGACUAUUCCUACUCAGUUUAAUACCUAUGGAGUCGAGCACGAUGCCUUGGCACGUUGCAGGUAACUACAAACCUUUCUUGCAUAAAUACCACAUUGAUAGAUGACCGUUUACCACUCAUCGUAUAGUUGGACCUUUUUCCUACAACUAAAGUUACAAAACUUUUUUCACAGACGAUGUGUUUAAAAAAUGACAUUCAAGUUGUAAAAUAAGAGUGUCAUUUAGUUCUGUUAAGCUGAACGACUAUAAGCUCCACCAGAACGGUACACACGCACCAGAGCGUCUCUGGAAGGGGCAGGACGACAAACCACCGAGAUGGGUCUCACUCCUCCUGGGCGCCUAGAGAGGCUCCGGAAAUGCCCGGGAGGGGUGGGCACCGCAGGGAGUCGUUGACGCACUUCCGGCAAGGUUUUAUUCGUACUUUUGGUCACCUGGCGCCGCGGGUCGUGGUUGGACUAACUGCGGGGUUUGCUGUCUUAUCACUUGGAAGGCAGAACUCCGGAAAAGUCAGCACGUGCUGGAGAAAGAUGAGUUCGAGCUUGACCGCGAGUCAAGUCAGUGACGCCGAGGCAGGAGCCUGGAUGGCAGCUGAGAAGUCUAGGGUCGCCGCGCCGUUUCUGCGUGAUGGACUUUUGAUAGUGAAAGUGGAGGAAGACUCACCCGGAGGUCAGGAGUCGGACCUGCCCGCGGACUGUCAGGAUUCCGAAAAGUCGCGGCAGCAGUUUAGGCGGUUCCGUUACCAGGAGGUGGCUGGACCCGAAGAGGCGCUAAGCCGGCUCAGGGAACUUUGUCGCCUGUGGCUGAGGCCUGAGAUGCAUACGAAGGAGCAGAUCCUGGAGCUGCUGGUGCUGGAGCAGUUCCUGAGCAUCCUGCCCCAGGAGCUCCAGGCCUGGGUGCGGAAGCACUGCCCGCAGAGCGGGGAGAAAGCUGCGGCCGUGGUGCGCGCUUUUCAGAGAGCGCUUGAUGGGGCCUCACCCCAGGAGUUGGUGAAGAUUGAGAAUGUGGCUGUGUCUCUAAACUGUGAGGAGUGGGAGCCUCUGGACCCAGCUCCGAGGGAGUUCUGCUGGGAGAGCGCACAGGAGGAUCAUAGGACCUCGGUCUCACUGGUCUCGCCGAGUUUGGAAACCAGAACGGAGAACAAAGACUUUAUUCCAAAACAAGAAAUUUUAGAAGAAGUAGAGCCGCAGGGGCAGCUACAAGAAGGGUCCCACAGGAAGGCUCCCCCUGGAUGUAGUGACACUGGUGAGAUAGGGGUAGAAAAGCAGUCAAGAAAUCCCUCAUCAUUGAAACUGGAGAAUUCUCCUGAAGAGGAAGGACUCCCCCGCACCGCAGAUCUCAAGAAUGGUCCCACGGAGGAGGGAGACUUCAGACAUGGCCAACUUGGGAACAGGGCCAGAAGUUCAAACUCUGUUCUUUGUCAGCACGUGCAGGCCACAGGGAGGCCUGUUGACCACAGUGACCUGGGGGACAGUUGUACACAGAGUUCAGAGCCGGUAAAGCAUCACACAGUGAAACCUCCCCGCUCCUUUGACAGCAAGGAACAGCUCCACAGUGCAGACCUCUUUAAGACCCAGCGACAGCUCCGUGAAGAAAGGCCGUAUAAAUGCGGGAACUGUGAGAAGAGUUUCAAACAGCGUUCUGAUCUUUUUAAACACCAGAGAAUCCACACGGGGGAGAAACCCUACCAAUGCCAAGAGUGCGGGAAGCGCUUCAGUCAGAGCGCUGCCCUGAUCAAACACCAGAGGACACACACGGGCGAAAAGCCCUACACCUGCCCUAAGUGUGGGGACAGCUUCCGGCAGAGCUCCCAUCUCACCCGGCACCAGAGGAUCCACAUAGGAGAGAAACACUUCGAGUGUCACGAAUGCGGGGAGACCUGCCGUAUUUCCAACCGUUUUAGACAUCAGAGAAUUCACAAAGGGGAGAGACCCUACACGUGUGAGGAGUGUGAGAAGAGCUUCAAACGGUGCUCAGACCUCUCUAAACACCAGAGGAUCCACACUGGGGAGAAGCCGUAUGGGUGUUCUGUGUGUGGGAAACGCUUCAGCCAGAGUGCAACCCUCAUUACGCACCAGAGGACUCACACUGGAGAAAAACCUUACAAAUGUCUUGAAUGCGGGGAAAGCUUUAGACAGAGUCCACACCUUAUCCGACACCAAAGGAUCCAUAGAAAUAAAGUCCCACUGUUUUGACAUG